GAAUAGUUUCAGAUGAACGAAUAUCAGUACCCGCAUUUCAAGUUCAGAGCUAAUAUGACGACAUUCAAUAUUAUUGAUAUGUCUGGUAUUCAGAUUAGAACUAUUCAGGAUCAAGCUCAGCAGGAUGGAGCUCAGAGUUCUUUACAGCUGCGGCCUGUAGAGGGAAACUGUCAGAACACAACCCAACCUCCUCUUCAGUUUAGCGCUAGUAUUAUAAAUGAAGAAGGAGUAGAACAAGUCAUUACUGAUGAGAGUACAACAGUUGUACAAACCCUUGAGCUAUUACAGCACCCGGAGACAAUUAUUAAAUAUGAAGAGGAUCCGCUCCCGGAGCAGAUAGAAACCCAACCUGAUCAUACUCUUAUACACACAGCUAGGAAAUCUCAGGUUGGGGGUGACCGGAAAACCUUUUUACCCCGGAAGCCCUGUCCUGAGUGUAAGAAGGAGUUGACCAACGUGAAUGAACACAUGAAGUCUGUACACUGGCAGGUGAAGAACUAUCAGUGUGAGUUGUGUAGUUACUGCUCUAGCUUUAAGAACGAUCUAAUGAAGCACACCGUCUCCAAGCAUACAGAGAGAAUAGGGGAACAGAAACCUAUCAAAACUGAGGGAAAGGUUAAAGGAUCAAAAGCUAAGAACUGUGAAGAAUGCGGGAAACUAGUUGUAAACAUGAAUGAACAUAUUCGCUAUGUGCAUCGGAAGGAGAAGAACUUUGCGUGUGGUCAAUGUGAGUAUAAAACCUUGUUUAAAAGUGAUCUUAUCAAACAUCAGAAUGCCGUGCAUCACGGGAUUAGAAAAAUUUGUCCUCACUGUGGUAAACACGCUUCUAAUCUAUCAGAGCACAUUAGGUUUGUGCACGCGCGAACUAAAAACUACAAAUGUAAUGUGUGCGCUUAUGCCUGCGUGAAACCAGCUGAUCUACGAAAACAUAUAUCCGCUGUACACAAGGGAAGUUUAAUCACAUAAAUCCACCAAAAAUUAGCCUUUAUGUUGUAAACUGUGUGCAGUGUACACUGUGACCUACUGUGUACAUAUUUUACUCGGAUAAUUGUACAAUUACAUUGUAAACAAUUGCCACAAUUGAUUGUACGAAUUUUACAUUGUUAAUCUUAAACAACCUUAGAUCUGGCAGGGAGAAGAGAAAAAUAAAUAUUUAAUUAAUGAUAAUAUAUAAUUUACUUGUUGAAAUAAAAUAAAAAAAAUAUAUAAG